AUGAAUAAGGCUGUUUCCAAGGUCCUUAACAGUGUCUUAGGCGACUUUAUAGAAAAUCUUAACCCAGAUCAGCUAAACUUAUCAAUAUUCAGUGGAACCAUUUCUCUUGAAAACCUCCGUGUAAAAUCAGAAGCCCUGGAUAAGCUUGGUCUUCCCUUUAAAUUAGGCAGUGGUUAUGUUGGAACCAUACAGGUCGAAAUUCCAUGAACUUCCUUAGGAUCAAGCCCUCUAAAAGUCAUCAUCAAAGAUGUAAUCGUCCUACUCCUGCCCCACCCAAAAUCCCAAUGGGAUGAACAAGAACAGCGGACUAUUAACCAAAAAUCUCGUCGUUCCCAAAUUGACAAAUUCGAGGUCAUGAAUUCUGAAGAAGUCUCUGUAGAAAGCAGCCCAGGCAUGGUCGAAAAAUUAAUUACGAAAAUUGUUGACAAUAUUCAGAUAGAACUAAAAAAUGUUUAUAUAAGAGUUGAAGAUUGGCUAUAGACAAUUUUCUUUGAAAUUUUGGCGUAUACAUGCUCAGCAAAGAUUUACCGAAAAAUUUUGAGGGCUUCGCAGCCAUAGCUGGCAAAUUAUUUUGUUUUAAAAAAAAUAUGUACCAGAAGAUUCUGAAUCUUUUUCUCAAAAAUUUGCACUUGGCUUAAAAAUCGAAGAAAUCAGCUGUUUUACCUGUAACUCAAGCUGGGAGCCACAAUUUAUGGAAAGCAGCUUGAUCUGUUUUAAGCUUAUUAAGCUGAAAAACUUCGCAGUUUAUUCGGAUUUUGGAGAUGGGUUUCCCCUUGUAGCUUUUGAACAUGUACCAGGGAUGCAAGAAAGACAAUCAUUUGAGCAUCUAGCUCAGCAAGAUUUUGGGGAGCAAAUUCCUCAUAGGUACCUUAUUUCGCCGAUUUCUUUAAGAAUUGAGCUGAUUAUGAAUAAAAACGUAAAAGAUAUUUCCAAGCCUCAAUAUGCAGUAUAGAACUUUCUCUUCAAUAGCGCGAAAAGACGUGCAUCUUAGUUUGACUAAAAGGUCUUUGGACCAUGAAAAUUAGCUUUUCCUUCUCCAUAAGAGAGGCAAAUAGUAAAAGUGAAAAGUUCUGCCCGAUCCAGUCUAGAGAACUUGAAGGAAUUUUUUUGGUCUGAAUUAUGAAUACCUGAGCUAUUGUGGAAUUUUGAUUUCUUGCAAAUUUUUUAUUUCAAUGUAUUUUGGUUUGUCAAAUAGUUUUGACGAGUCAAUUCUGGUUAGUACUUGAAAUAAAUAAUAAAAAAUUGCCAUUAUUUUUUAAUUUUCUGAUGUUAAGGAUGAUCAGAAAAUUGACAAAAUCAAGAUGGCGGCUUAAACGAACAAAAAAUGUUAAAAAAUAAAUUUGUGCUCGAGUCCAGAAAGUGGAAAAUAGAGAUGUCAAAUAGCUUAUUUUGUUUCUCAAAUAUCAAGUUUUGAAUGAAACCGCAAGUGGUGGCUUAAGAGUUUUAAUUUUUUAUUGAGCGUACAAAAUCAAGAUGGCGGCUUAAACGAGCAAAAAUUGUUCAAAAAUGAAUUUGUGCUCGAGUCCAGAAAGCGGAAAAUAAAGGCACCAAAUAGCUGUUUUGACACUUUAAAUACCAAGUUCUCAAUGAAACCGCAAGUGGUGACUUAAGAGUUUUAAUAUUUUAUAUAGCGAGCAAAAUCAAGAUGGCAGCUUAAACGAACAAAAAAUGUUCAAAAAUGAAUUUGUGCUCGAGUCCAGAAAGCAGAAAAUAAAGGGUGUCAAAUAGUUGUUUUGAUACUUUAAAUACCAAGUUCUCAAUGAAACCGCAAGUGGUGACUUAAGAGUUUUAAUAUUUCUAUAGCGAGUAAAAUCAAGAUGGCGGCUUUAACGAACAAAAAAUAUUCAAAAAAUGAAUUUGUGCUCGAGUCCAAAAAGCGGAAAAUAAAGGCACCAAAUAGCUUAUUUUAAAUCUCAAAUUUCAUACUUUUCAAUGAAACCGCAAGUGGUGACUUAAGAGUUUUAAUUUUUUUAUAUAGCGUACCAAAUCAAGAUGGCGGCUUAAACGAACAAAAAAUGUUAAAAAAUGAAUUUGUGCUCGAGUCCAGAAAGCGGAAAAUAGAGAUGUCAACUAGCUUAUUUUAAAUCUCAAAUAUCAAGUCUACAAUAAAACCGCAAGUGGUGACUUAAGAGUUUUAAUAUUUUUAUAUAGCAUACAAAAUCAAGAUGGCGGCUUAAACGAACAAAAGUGUUCAAAAAUAAAUUUGUGCUCAAGUCCAGAAAGCGGAAAAUAAAGGUGUCAAAUAGUUGUUUUGAUACUUUAAAUACCAAUUUCUCAAUGAAACCGCAAGUGGUGACUUAAGAGUUUUAAUUUUUUUAUAUAGCGUACAAAAUCAAGAUGGCUGCUUAAACGAACAAAAAAUGUUCAAAAAUAAAUUUGUGCUCGAGUCCAGAAAGCGGAAAAUAAAGGUGUCAAAUAGUUGUUUUGAUACUUUAAAUACCAAUUUCUCAAUGAAACCGCAAGUGGUGACUUAAGAGUUUUAAUUUUUUUAUAUAGCGUACAAAAUCAAGAUGACACUUAAACGAACAAAAAAUGUUCAAAAAUGAAUUUGGGUUCAAAUUCAGAAAGAGAAAACAAUGGCAUCAAAUAGCGAAAUUUAAAUAAAAAAAUUAAUUUGAGAAAUAUAAAAGUUAUUUAUUAGAAUUCUUAUUGUUUUAUUAGCAAAUAUCUGGGCGUCUUAUAGCUAGAAAAUAUAUGCUUGCUUUCACUAAUCUUUAAUCUCGUUUUUUUGAUCCUGUGCCAUUUAUUAAAAUUUCUGAUCAUCCUUAAAAUCAGAAAAUUAAAACAUUAUGGCAAUCAAUUAUUUUUUUAUUUCACGUGCCUGCCAGAAUUAACUCGUCAAAACCAUUUGACGAACCAAAAUACAUUAAAAUUAAAAAAUUUUGUAGGAAAUCAAAAUCCCACAACAACUCAGGUAUUCUUAAUUUAGGACAAAAUAAUCCCUUCCAGUUCUCGAAACUGGAUCGGACAAAAAUCUUCAUUUUCACUAUUUUCCUCUCUUAUGGAGAAGGAAUAGCAGAUUUUCAUUGUCCAAAGACCUUUUAGUUAAACCAGGAUGCACGUCUUUUCGCGCUAUUGAAGAGAAAGUUCUAUAUGUGUUACUUCUAAAUCAAUUAAGGUUGGGGUGGCUGUGACCCAGCUGACUCAUUUUAUAAAACUUGGGGAGUAUAUUUCUCAGUUCUUUCAAUUCAGAGAAGGCGUUGCUAAGUCAGAAACCUAUAAAACCAUGACCCAAGAAGACGUUAUCAGAUAUAGAACUACUUAUGGAAAUUGGAAAAAAUUCAGCGUAGAUAAUAACAAACAGUCCAAAAAAUUCGCGGAGGAGAAUUUAACUGAGCUGCAAAGAAUGGAAGAAAUUUUUGAGGUUUCUGAUAUAUUUUACUAUAUUAAUUAUUAUAAAAACUAUUUUUAUAAUAAAUAAUGCCCAUUUAUCGAAAUUUAUAUUAUUAUAAAACAACGAGAAGAAGUCAUCAACGAAAUCGGGGUAAAAAAGCUUGCAGACGCCAAGCGCAAAGAAAUUGAAGAUAUCAAAGAAAGCUACAAACCCUCCAAAGCAAGCUCUAUGAAAAGCUGGUUUGGCUAUGGGAAGUCAGAAGACACUCUACAAAAAGAAAAAGAUGAAAUGGAAGCAAAAAUCGCUAAAUGUCAGCAAGAAUUAGAAGAAAUCUUAGCAGGCACCCAUAGUGAAGCCAGAAACGAAAUUUUGCAGCUUGUUGAAGGGGUUGAUACAUUUGACGAAAAAAACAUGCCGGAAAUGUAUGACAGGUUUACGUUCCAGCUGAAUAUUGCAAGGCAAAGUUUCCAUUUGGACUCUGCCAAAUCAAUGCUUUCCUCGCUAGAAAUUUUGAAUACUUAUGUAAAUGUAGCCAUGAAGCCGGCUAGUAUGGUCGUGGAGGCAAAAAUAAAUUCUAUGCAUAUUACGGAUAAUAUCUGUGAGGGGAAUAGGAAUAUGAUGGAAAGCGGGCACUUGCAAGUGAAAUAUUCGACUGUGGGGGUAUUUUAUGGGUAAUUGAAUAGGAUUUUUUAGAAAUUUUGGAAUUUUUUUUGGAAAAUUAAUAAAAAUGAGGAUAAAUAGUGUAGACGUAAGCUCUGGCGACUUGUGCUAUAACGUGAAUAUUGGCAGUUUAUUAGAAAUUUAUAAAACCUUCCAAAAAGAGCUGAUUCAAGAAAUUGAUUCAGAAUUUUACCAAAAGCAAGCUAAUGCGAGGGUUAACUAUUAUGUAGAGCUCAGCAAGCAGUAUGUAGGUGAAGCUGUAGCACAGACUGAAAGCGCGCCUAUGAAAAUAAAUUUAAGCUUAUCAGCGCCGAAGUUUAAAAUCCCAUUAGAUUUAGAAAGAAUGGAAAACGGUUAUUUUGUAUUAGAUUUUGGCCAUUUUAAUAUUUUCAAUGGUGAUGAGCAGUUUAAUGGGACUCGCUAUGAGUUUUAUGCAUUUGAGCUAACUAAUUUUAAGCUUGGAGGUUCAGAAAGUGACAUUCUUGAGCCUGUGACUUUUGAGUUUAAAUUUAUGACGACUAAGGAAAAAAAUGUUACACCAAUGAUAAUCAAUGCCAAGCUGGAAAAAAUUAAAAUGAAUUUUAGUGAUGAGCUGAUACAGACUGGGCAAGAAUUUCAGAAAAAGUUAAUGAAGACGUUAGAACCAAUUCUUCAAGCUCCGGGCGAAAAUCCUGUAUUAAAUAUUUUAGUUUUUGCUAAAUUUGACAUAAAUUUAUUAUAAUUAAAAUAUGGCGUCUUCGUCUGGGCAUGGCCUCCCGGCCAUGCAGCCUCGACUCAUAUUUUAAUUAUAUCCGGCAAGGUUUUACCAUUUCAGAGAUGGACAGCAAUGCUAGGUAAGCAAUUCUGGUAGCUUUCAGAGCCUAGCCCUAGUCUAAUCUCAGGGGUGGAUUUUUCCUCGUGGGGAAGGAGGGUACAAGGUUGGAAAGGGGAAGCCCAGCAAAGUCCUCUGGACCAUUCGGGCAACUCCCUAGCGUGAAACUGGGCGUUACGUCCCAGGCUUUGUAUUUUUCCUUUUUUGCCGAUAGCUGACCAGAAAAAUCCAUUUUUUGGGUUUUUCGGAAAAGCAACCCAUGUACAAGCAAGUAGCUCACUCAUGAGCCGUCGAAGACGUGGACAUUUGCCCUAGAAGCACCUUGGAGAUCGAAGCGAGUCUGUCCCCAGCGGACUGGUGGGCCCGAUGCGACGAAAGGCGAGUGAUAAACCUGGGGUCGUAACCCCGUAGUGGACGUUAAGCGAUAUAAAUUCCAUAAGAUAAUAAGAUAAGACAUAAAUUUAUUACAGUUAGUCUGUUUUCUAUAGAUUUUAAUAUAAAUAUUUUUAGUAAUUUAUAGAAAAUAGUUAAGAACAGUAUAAUCAAGUUUCUUUACAAGAAAAUACUAACCCAAGCCUCUCUCUAGCCAAAGAAGAAUCAAUAGAAGUUUCAGGAGAACCCAGCAGCGCAAUGAAAGUUUUGUUAGAAAUCAAAGAAAUUUCUACUUCAAUUUUUUAUAAAAAAUCAGAAAUUUUGUCAUGUGCGUUUAAAGAAUUCGGAGUGGAAUACGAAAUGUUUGCGGGCGGAAGAAUGGGGGUAGAUUUAAGCUUAAAAAGAAUGGAUAUUCUUGAUUUGAGGGAAAAUGUGUAUUUCAGAGCAAUUAUGUCAAACCCUCAGGUUACCUCAGAAAAUGGCACUGAUAUAGUCUUAGAAGACCAGCAGUCUUAUUUUAAUUAUCUAUAGCACAUUUAGUGCCCACUACUAGGUUGCUGGACCACAGUUACCUCCAACGCCACUCUGGGAUGAAUUUUGUACCAUUUUCUUAGGGCCCGCCAAAGGUGUGAACACCUCGGACUUUGCUCAACAAUGAGGACGCCAGUCUUGGAAUUUGGACUUAGACAACUCUUCUUUGACCUCAGGCACUUAAUUGUGUCCGAACGGCGCCCUAAAGGUCUCAGUCUCCGCCGCUUAGGUUAAAUGGUACCCUUCUGGAAAAUAUCAUUCCUUAAGUCCGGCAAAAAACCACCGGCCUUUGUUUCCCUGACAUAGCUAGGAUAAUUUCAUUAGGGGAAACCAAACUUCAUGAUUAAAAUCUGCAAGAGAUGAAUUUUCGGUUGGUAGACCAGAAAAUUCGAGCAAUGCCAUAUUUUAAUUAUAGAAGACCAGCAGUUAAGUUCAAAUGAAAUUUAUCAAGUAAGAGCAGGAGUUAUAAUCGAUGGCAAACAAGGUAUUACCCAAGCUUCAGCCUUAGUCAACGGAAUCCGAAUAAUCCUUGUGCAUUCCUUCAUCAAAAGUGUACUAGAACUCUCUAAAAGCUUUGUAGGUGCUGCUUCUCCUCAGGCACCAUCUCAAUCCCCAUCUCCAAGUGUUAUUAUUGAGAAGCCAAUUGAAGACCCAAAAUCUAUUUCUUCUACUAUGGAAAUCAGCUUAUCACUCAGCUGCUUAGAAGUAUGGCUCCCUCUUUCAGAAUCCAGCGACUGCCAAAUAGCAAGCAUAAACUGGUCUCCAAUUAUCCAUUACAACUCCCUCCACACCACAGAAAAUUCUUCCCCUAUCCUUAUUGACGAUGAGCUUGCCUUAGAAGUCCGCCAUUUCACAAUCCAAUUAGGUACCUGUAAAAGCCAUUUAAUUUUGCCAAAUUCUUGGCAGGUUCAAGAUUUCAUUACCCCAUCAAGAAUUAUUAUUAAUUUUUCUUCGAAAAAAGAAAAUAAAAAUGCUCUGACUGUAAGCGAGGCUGAAAUAAACUUAGAAAGUAUUUAUACUUAUUUAUAAUAAAUAAAUAUCCGCUAUUUAGUAUAUAAAAUAAGGAUAAAUAAUAUUAUAAAUAGGUAUAUAUAACAACUGGUUUUAGAGACAUUGAUUUCUUUAAAGAACUCGCGGCUAAAUGGACAUCAAUAACUCCAGAGCAGUCAGGAAAUUCUGCACAAGUUGUGGCGCAGCCACAAGAAUUGCAGGCCCCAAGUAAAGAUAUUUUAAGGGUAGUACUUUUAUGUGACUCCUUACAGCUUACAUUAAUCCAAGAUAAACUAAAAAAAUCGUAUGAGCUUCUUCAUGCCAGUUUUAGCAAUUUUGGGGCAAAUGAGCUUAAUUCCUAAUUAUUUCGCUUUUAAGUGCUUUCCUUCUUCUGCAGAGCGAGAUAAAUCCGAUUUUUAACUCUGAAGUCGUGAUGUCAUUGGAUAACCUUCUUCGCUCAAGGCCAUUAAGCAUUCCUACCAAAUUCCAUCGCCAAACGGCUAAGAUUUAAGGCUAAGUUGCUCCAUUAGAUUACUAGACUUUUGAUUUUUUCUUCCAAAGAGUUUUCUCCUCUUCAGUAUCAAGCACUAAAAUCAUAUACCAUAUACCUCCUAAAAUCCAAGGGCUAUCCACUUUAGCCUUUGUGCUAGGGUACUUCUCACAUACCGGAUAAAGGAUCACUAGGAAAACUGACUCCAUAAUAAUAAAAUCUCCUGAGGGUUAAAAAAUUCUCAUAGAGAGCUUUUCCCCGUUCCAAUUAAUUUAUUACUACGAGGCAAAUGUACAAGUGAUGCCUCAGCUUGCAGUGACAUUUACGACAAUAUUCUUGAUGAAUUAUUAUAAUUUAAAUGUGGCAUCGUGGGAGCCUUUAAUUGAAGAUUGGGUGAUGGAAAUUAAUGUAAUUCAAGACGAAAACAAGCGAUUUAACAUCAAUUUCUGUUCAAGCGAGGAUUUGAAUAUCAAUGUUACUUAUUCUACUUAAAAUUAAAUUUAUUUUUAUUUUUUUUAAAAAAAUAUUUUCCUAUUUUUUACUGGAAAAGGAUACGAUUUAAUGAAAAUGAUUGGAACAAUGAUGUACGCUAUUGGAAAUAAAGCAAAAAUAGAAAAAACAGAAGAAGAAAAUAAGUACGAGACCAAAGAAAAUCUGCAUAAAGAUAUUGAGUAUAAAGUUGUAAACCUGCUUGGCAAAGAUGUUUAUAUUAAAAUCGAUAAAGAUAACAUUGAGGAAACUUUAAUAACUGAUACAAUCUGCGCAUAUUAUUCGCAAAAAAGCUUAAAUCAGAUUUACUCAAAAAAAGGGACUUCAAAAAAUAUAAGAGCGCCUGCAAAACUUAUAAUGAGAAUUGGAGAAAAUUGGUCAAAAGCUUUUGGGAUGGAGGAUUCUAAUCUAUUUUUUGGCUAACAAGCAAUUUCAAUUUUAUAUUAAAAAAAAUAUUAUUUCAAAAAAAAUUCAGUUUAUUUGUAGUAUAAUCUGUUGGAAUAUUUAUUAUCCUAAUAUUUUUGCCAAUAAGCUGUUUAUAUAAUAUCAAGACAUAAUUUUUUAGUUGGUCAAAAUAUUAAAACUAUUAUAGCCUAUAAUUUAAUUUAAAUAUUUUGGCUAGAAAUAAUAAUUUAAAGCUUUAUAUUCUUUUCAAUGUCUAUAAUUAACUAAGUGCAUUCACAUUGAUGGAUAAAUAAAAAUUUACCAUAUACUUAUUUAUGUAUGGUCAAAUCAAGCCCGCUAACUCCCCCCCUCCGUGAGUGAACAAAAAUUUUUUUAAUACAAAAAAUUUUUGAUUAAAAAAAUUGAUAUAUAAGUGAUAAUUAUUAUAAUGAAAUCUCGAGCUAAUUCUGUUUAAUUUUAAAACAAAUCGCGCUUUAAAACAUAAAUUUUAUAAAUUAAAUAAAUAUUUGCUUCCCAGUUUUUGUAAAUUAGGGGUUUUUUAAAAUUUCGAAAAAAAUUUUUUCUAUAAAAUUUAUAUAUAUAUAUAAUUUUUUUUUUUAACCUCCCUCCGUGAAUGAACAAAAUUUUUUUGUUCACUCACGGAGGGGGGGAGUAAGAAAUUCUCCCAAUGCAUUAUAUUUGAUGAAAAUUAUGAUUUAAUUUAUAAAUUAAUUAUUUUAAGAUAUAAACAGUUUAAAAUAAGAUGAUUAUCUGGAGAUCUCAUUACUAUAGCUAUUGAUUGCAUAUCAAAAUAUUUUAUAAAAACAAUUAUUUAAUGUUUUUCAGCUUGCCAAGAGAUUAAUUUUUCGAAAAAAAAGAAUUCAUCUAAUGGUUUUGUCGUUAACCAAGAUAAGAGUAAGACUAAAGGUCGAAAAAUUGGUGACGAAAUUGUGAUUAUUGAGGUUGAAUGCAGAAAUAAUGAAAGAAUCAUUAAAAUUCAGUCAAAUAAAACCCUCAUGAACAACACCCAUAUAAAUCUAAAAAUUGCCUCUAAGCUUGGAGAAAUCGAGCUCCCUUCGUUUUCUUCAGUUCCAUUGCCUACAAACUGACUAAAUGAAAGCUUAACAUGUAAUGGGACUAUUUUGGAUAGACCAACUUUAAUUACAAACCCCACUUCUGAGGAAUCAGAAAGUGACAAAUGCAUUGCUUUUGAAAUUUUAGAGCUAAAAGUAGCUAAAAAAAUGACGCAGUCAUUUUUCCAAUUUAACCCACCAAUAGUCUUAAGAAAUCUUCUUCCUUGCACUUUAACGUACAUUUCAUCAGAAAAUCAAAGUGGGUUUAUAAACCCAGGGUCAUCACGAGAUAUUUACAAUGUCAAAAAAUUAGAAAACUUCAAGCUAAGAGCUCAUAAUAGUCCUCGAGAAAAAAUCACUACAGAAGUAUGCAGACUUGAAAAUAUUUUUGAGAUGAAGCCAACUGAAAAGAUGAACUUAAAAGUAGCACCGCUAGAAUUGGAAGGAGAAGAAGAUGGAGCUGUGAUGACUGCUACUUCUUUAACAAUGGAUAUAUUGUAUAUUCUGAUAAUUUAUCUGCUUUAUUGAUAAAUUAAAGCUAUAUUUUAUUUUAAAAUAGGCUAAUGAUUUAUUUUUAAUUUAUAUAUAAAAAUAUAUCAAAAAAAUCUUAUUUAAAAAAUGACACUACUGACCUAAGGUCAAGAGAACUGAAAAAGUCGAAAAAAGACGAAAAUAUAGAAGAAGCUAAAUGGUGCGGGGCGAAGUUAAUAGAAGUUUAUACACCUUUUAUUAUUGUAAAUAAAACAGAGCACAAUCUGAUUUUUUCAACUGAAGAAAAUGUGACUGUUUACAAUAGGUCUAUUGGGUUUUUAAGCCACAAUGAAAAAAAGCUUCAGGCUAAGCUGGAAACCAAUAGUGAGUGGUCUAGGAACUUUAAUAUAGAUGCAGCUGGUGUCGCAGAUUCUAUUGAUAUUAAAUAUCGUCCUGAGGACACUGAAGAUAUUUCUAUAGGUAUUAUAAGAGAAAAUGCAAGCUCCCCUAUGAUCAAGUCGACAGUCAUUAAAUUUGUCCCAAGAUAUGUGAUUGAAAAUGGCUUGAAUUUUGAUAUUUCUCUUCUGCAGCUAGAAAAUGGGAAAUUAGUUGAAAUAGAGCUAAAAUCAGGCGAAAAGAAAGCCUUUACUAAGUUUACGCAUGGAAAAAAGAGGCUGCUUAGGGCAAAAGCUGGAGGACACGAAUGGGGGCCUUUAUUUGAUAUUGAUGCUCUUUUUGACUACCAAAUGAGAAUUCCAGCAGAAAAGCCUGAUCAAAUAGAAAUCCCAGACAAAUGAAAAGGCCUAGCUGCCUUUUUCAGGUCAAUUAAAUGGAACCUUCCUAAUUCUUCUAACGAAUACCACUAUACAAUCCGCGUCAUCACCACAACGGAAGACCAAGCCACCAUUUUUGUCCAUCUUUCUUUGCCUGACAACCCAGAAUUCGUCGUAAUCAACCAAACCGCCGAAAAUUUAAAGGCAAAAGCCAUAAAAAAGAAAAUAAAAAAAGACGAAAAUGCCAGUCCUGAAGAAAAAAAAUUCAUGAAAAACCCAAAAUACCAGGAGCACGAAAUUUUACCUGGGUCUUAUUCACUACUAAUUAGAAAUAAUAUUUCUACUAUAAUAAAAUAAAAAUAAUUAAUUAAUAUAAAAAAAAAGUAUAUAUUCCUAUUAUAUUUAACCCGCUAGACUCUAGAGAUGUAUGUCUGACUAUAAAAGAAGAAGUCAGGACUUUCCCAAUUGAUGAAGUUUCUAAUAAAAAGAAAAAAAAGAAAAAAAUGCUGGAUUAUGAAGUUAAUGUAGGACUUAAUGGCUGUGCAAGAGAACUGUGCGUUAUUGAUAAGAUUUUUAAAGAAGGGAAUGAUGAGUUUAUAAAAAGCAUCACAAAUCCUUUACACAAGUAUAGGGCAUCUACUAAACUUUUUAAUUUCCAAGCUAAAAUUGAACUGAAAAGGGUUGGGAUUUCGUUAAUAACUGAUGCCCCUGCUGAGAUUUUUUAUAUAAGUUUUGAUAAAAUCACCAUUUUUGCCAAGGUAAAGCAGUCUAUGAUUUCUUCUAAGCUUGAACAAAUACUUAAAUUCUACUAUAAGCUUGGAAAUUUCCAAAUUGAUAAUAUGAUAGCAUAAUUAAAAUAUGGGGUCUUCGUCUAGGUAUGGCCUCACGGCCAUACAUCCUCGACACAUAUUUUAAUUAUAUCCGGCAAGGUUUUUCUAGCCUUGAAAAGGACAGCAAUGCUAUGGUAAACAAUUCUGCAGGAGGCAGAACCUAGUCCAAGUCCAAUUUCGAGACUGGUUUUAACCUCGAAGAAAAAAAGGAAGGUUCAGGUUUGGAAAGGGCAAGCCCAGCAAAGUCUACAGGCAAUACCUAGACCGAUCGGGCAACUGCCUAGCGUGAAACUGAGCGUUACUUCCCUGGACCUGGACUUAAUCCUUUUGCCGAUAGGCUACCAGAAAUUCCAUUUUUUGGAAUUUCGAAAGGCCAAUUUCGUAUUCCCUCAGCCUCAGGAGGUCGCACAAACCCUUAGACUGCCCAUUCAAGACUGGAGUCUUUUGCAAGAGACAAGGAGGAGACCCAACGGAAGGAAGGUCGCAAAGCAGUUGAAUCCCACAAGGGAUCUUCGGUGAUUGCGUUAGAAUUAAGGGCGCGAGCCCGUCUACAUAAUGUAAUGUAAUGUAAUGAUAAUAUGAUAGCUCGAGGAAAGCAAUUUUCUGUCAUUUUUUCCCCAUUGCCAAUCCCUGAAGAAGUGGUGCCAUUUUUCCAGCUUGAUUUUAGUAGAAAAACUCUAACUUUCCCUACCUUUUUUAACUGGGACAAAAAAUAUUCUGUUACAAUUUCAAAGGGUUAAUUAUUUUUUUCAUAAUAAAAAAAUUACAAUUAAACAAUAUAGAAUGUAUGAACUUAAUUUAUAUUUAUAAAGAAUUAAUUCAAAAAUGAUAGAUUCAGUACUAGCUGUUUAAGCGCGGCAUUAUAAUUCACUCCCUGAAUUAAACAAUUUAUAUAAAAAUAUUAUAAAAUUUUGGUUACAAUUUAAAGACCCAAAAAAUGAAUAUUUAGUUCCAAUAAAAAGGGGCAGUAAAGUAAGCAAUCCACUGACAGAAAGCGUGAUUUUAGAUCAAUUUUAUAAUGUAAGGCUGUGUUUGCAAGAGUUUAAAAUCCAAUUAGAUCAGCCUGUAGUAAGAAUGUCGCUGUCUGUGCUGCGCAGUUUGAUGGAUUCUAUAGCAGAGCCCUCGAUGAUGAGGUCUAAUACUAUGUAUAAGUUUUUAAAUAAAAAAAAAUAUAUAAGUUUUAUUAUAAAGCUAUAUUUUAUAUAGGAAUGGUAAUGACAGGCAGGAAUUACACCACAAAAUCUUUAAAAAGAAUACAUUGUGUCUGCUGUGAGUACAGAUAAAUAUUUAGAUCCUUCUAAUUUAUCGCUAUCAUUUAUCCCUAACCAAAAAGCAAACAGUGUGUUUAUUAAUGAAAUGAAUUUGGAAUCCCUCCAUUUAAACUUGACUUUUAAGAGCUCAAAACAAAGGUUUGAAAUGGAAAAUGAUCCAAGGCAGAUGUUUGGGAUUGGGCAAAUUUUGUCAUCUGUUGGAGGAGCGAUCAUUAAUAUUUCAGAAACACCUAUCAAGCUUAUAUUUUUUUUUAAUGAAUUAAUGAUUUUUAUAUUUAAAUUAAAAAGAUCAAAAAUAGUAUAAAAUAGCAUAAUCAGCUAAAAAUGAACGACGUUUUCAGUACCAUCCCAGACCUCCAACGAAAAAUCAUUACCCAUUACGUAAAACAAGGACUUUACCAGCUCUACAAAAUUCUCGGAUCAAGCGAUUUAAUAGGAAAUCCUGUGCAGCUGAUCGAUAAACUUGGAAAAGGAGUCUACCAGUUCAUUAGUGAACCUUAUAAAGGACUAUUAAAAAACCCUAAAGAGUUUGUGAAAGGGGUAGGAAAAGGCGUAAAAGGCCUAGUAGGAGGGGUGGUUACAGGAGGGUUUGGGAGCAUUUCAAAAAUAACAGGAAGCUUGUAUGGAGUUCUCAAAAAUGUCAGUGGAGAUGAAGAAGGGGCUGAUAGAAUUAAAGAAACAAGAAAUGUGGUCACUGGGACGUUUUAUGGAGUUGUAGGAGGAGUUAAAGAUUUGGGUGAAGGGGUGACUGGGAUUUUUACAAAACCAUUCAAAGGGGCGAAAAAACAAGGCGCAAAAGGAUUUAUCAAAGGGGUCGGAAUUGGGCUGUUUGGGGCAAUUUCUGCGCCAUUUUCAGCGAUUUUGCAUUUUGGGACUUCUGUAUCAUCAGGUGUAGCAAAUUCUACGGCGUGGGAUGAUAAAAAUAAGCAACGUCUGCAUGGGAGAUCAAGAUUUCCAAGGCAAUUUUCAACAACUAUGGUUGUUGAAAAAUAUAACCAUGAGAUUGCACAAGCCCAAGAAUUUUUAUUAAUUUAUUUUUAAAAAAUAUUUAUUUUUUUUUUGCUGCUUUAUUUUAUAGUUAUUUAAUCAAUAUUUAAAACAAAAUAACCAAGAAUUUUUAAGAACAAAUAUCAAGAAUAAAUGGGAAAGACUUGUAAUGUACCAAAACUUUGAAGACUUAAACGACGUUAUGAUCCUCAUCACUUCUGUCAGAGUUUUACUCUUCAUAGAAGGUGAAAAGAAAGCCGGUCUCAAGUUAAAACAAAUCAAGCAUUGCAAGUUUUUAAAAGUUGGCGAAACUAUUACAUUCGAAAUGCGUGAUAUGGUUAGCAAUAUAAUCAUAUCAAGCACACUUAUUGCUGGCUUGCUAAAAGUAUUUGAAACUGUCACUGCAAUGAACAAUAAAAUUCCAAAGGACGUAGCAUUACAACAAAUAUUAUCGAUUAAAGAUAUUCUACGCUAAAUUAAGCUUAAUUUUCUACUACAAUUUAAUGGCAUUUUUAUAUAAAAUAAGCUGUUUAUGGCUUACAACUACUUAA